AUUUUGCUACACUCACUUAAUGCUCUGAUCGAUUGUCAAGUGUCGAAAAUCGAAAGAAAGUGCAAUCAAAUUCGGAACAGAGCACGCCGGUUAGUUCCGGGAAAACAUUUUGUGGUCUUGCCACUGGGAGCCACUGAAACUAUGACUGUAACCGCCUUUGCCGCCGCAAUGCACAGACCCUUCUUCAAUGGAUAUUCCACUAUGCAAGACAUGAACAGCGGCCAAGGACGAGUCAAUCAAUUGGGCGGAGUAUUCAUCAACGGACGUCCACUGCCAAAUAAUAUACGUCUAAAGAUCGUCGAGAUGGCCGCCGAUGGCAUCCGGCCAUGCGUGAUCUCACGCCAGUUGCGCGUCUCCCAUGGAUGCGUGUCCAAGAUUCUGAACCGCUACCAGGAGACCGGCUCGAUACGCCCGGGAGUGAUUGGGGGAUCCAAGCCGAGGAUCGCCACGCCCGAGAUCGAGAACCGCAUCGAGGACUACAAGCGCACCAACCCGGGCAUGUUCUCCUGGGAGAUACGCGAGAAGCUCAUUCGCGAGGGCAUCUGUGACCGCAGCACGGCCCCAUCCGUGUCCGCCAUAUCGCGCCUGGUGCGCGGCCGCGAUGCCCCACUGGACAGCGAGCUGUCGCCGUCCUCCUCCUCCGCCGGCCACCACAAGGCCCCGUCCAGCUCCUGCGGCUCCGACCUCUCGUCGGGCCACCACAACAACAACAACAGCAACAACAACAAGCCCUCCGACGACGACCUCUCCGACUGCGAGAGCGAGCCCGGGAUCGCCCUCAAGCGCAAGCAGCGUCGCUGCCGCACCACCUUCUCCGCCGCCCAGCUGGACGAGCUGGAGCGCGCCUUUGAGCGCACCCAGUACCCGGACAUCUAUACCCGCGAAGAGCUCGCACAGCGCACCAACCUGACCGAGGCCCGCAUCCAGGUGUGGUUCAGCAAUCGCCGGGCACGCCUCCGCAAGCAGCACAACUCCGUCUCGGGCGGCCCCGGAUCCGGAGUAGGUUCCUCUAUGCCGUCCGUCUCCAUACCCUCCAGCGUGCCCAGCAUGGCGCCCCUGGCAAUGAUGCCUAGCAUGGAAGCGGCAGCCGUAUACCAGCAGCAGUACGACUUCUACAGCACCGCAGCCCCAACGGCCACGGCGGUAGGGAGCAACCUCUCGCCCGGCUCCAGCCUGACCCUAUCCUCCCUGAACUCGGCCACAACACCACCGCAUCACCACCAGUUCUACAAUCCGAGUGCCGUCAGCACGGCCAGCUACAUCAUGCCAUCGAGCGCCAACGCUGGUUCCGUUCCCGGUUCCGGUUCAGGCUCCGGCAAUAUCAUCGUCUCUGGAGUCACUCCCAGCUAUGAGACACAACUGGGCUUGGGAGUGGGCAUUGGAGUGGGUUCCUCCGUCUACAGCACUGAAUCUGAGCCGCAUCAGACAAUGCCACGUAACGAGAGUCCCAACGAGUCCGUCUCCUCCGGUUUUGGUCAGCUGCCGCCAACACCCAACAGCCUCUCUGCGGCUGUGGGUGGAGCCGGUCCCACCGGCGAGUCCUCGCAGUCGUUGAUCAAUGCCAGCGGUGGCAGUGAGGAACUGUCGGCCGCCCUGAAAGUGGAGGCCGCUGAUCUGGUGGCCGCCGCCGCAGCUGCGGGACAGCCUCAGCUCUACAGCAGCUGGAGCUCGAUGCAGAGCCUGCGCCCGAACGCCCCGCUCUCCCCGGAAGACUCUUUGAAUUCGACCAGCUCCACCAGCCAGGCCUUGGAGAUGUCGGCAGCCGCCCAUCAAAUGUUUCAUCCGUAUCAGCACACGCCGCAAUAUGCCCCAUAUCCCACGGCCACGGGGCAUUCGCAUUCCCAUUCGCAUCAUGCUCACGGCCAUCCCCAUCCGCACGGAUCGCAUCAUGGGCACGCUCCACAUCCGCAUCCGCAUGCGCACCAUCCACAGUAUGCCGGAGCGGGACAUCCCCACUAUCCGCCCACCUCUUCGACGCAUUUCAUGCCGCAGAACUUCAAUGCCGCCGCCUUCGCAUCGCCCUCGAAGGUCAACUACGCGACGAUGCCCCCGCAGCCGUUCUAUCACCACUCCUGGUAUUAAAAGUGGAGCUGGGGAUCGCAGGAGUAUAGGAUCGGGAGCAGGUGUCACCUGAUCCAUGAUUGAUGUCGCCAAAGAUGUACAUACAUACACAGGGGAGAAGAUGUGGGGAGGGGGAAGUAGAGACAUUUUCCAUAUGGUAAACAUCUUCAGGACUUCCCCGAGUAGCACCAAUUUUCUAUAGCCAAGUCUUGAUCAUAGUCCAUCCUAUAAUAAGUAUACGUAUAAGUACUAUAUAUGUCCAUCCUAAGAUCUCUAUGAUAAGUAGCAAGUGCCUUGAAAAUAAAUACAUAUUCUAAUUUAUCUAAAAA